AGUCGCCGCCGUUGGUUUUCCAGGGGACAGGUCCCAACUUUCAUCUGGUUUGAUUUGAUGUUAUGGUUUCUUCGUUUUUCGAGUGAUUUUUGUUUUUGAUAUUGAUUCGUAUUGGUGUAGGCAUGCGAUAAAUGGGACGGGAUCACUUUUACCACUGAGUUUACCUCCGAUUUCAUCCCUACUGAGCUUGACAAUGCUUUGAACAACAGCGAGCGAUGAUAAGUUAAUUUUUAUGUGAAUUUGGCUAGGUUAAGAGGGUGAGCAUGCUAGACAAAGGGACAGGCCCUGCUUCACCUAAGGAGGUUAAAGAAGAAGAAAUUCAUUUGGCCAAUAUGCAUACAGGCACAACUAUAAUAAGCAUCAAACUUCCAAAUUAUAUAGUUGUCGCGGUGGAUUCAAGGUUGAGCAUUAUAGAACAAGGAAUAUUAAAAGUUUACGAUAUCGGUGAGAAGCUUUGGGGUCUUCACACUCCUUUAGUUGGAACAAUUGCAGGGCAUAUUCAACAUUGCAUAGAGGCUAUUCGGCAAUUUGAACAAGAGGUUGAACAAGGGAAAGUUGAAUCAUUGAGACAAGCCGCCAACCGGUUGAAGGAAAUACUUCGCAGCACCAGUUUCAUAGAUUCAAACAAUAAAAGUUCAGUAGCGCAAAUCAUCCUUUCCGGAUUUGAUGAGGGUCAAACUGGGAGUGGAAAGACAUAUACGCUGUUUGGACCUCCAAGUGCCAUGGUUGAGUCCCCAUCCAUCAAUGCGCUUCAAGGUCUUGUUCCACGUAUUUUCCAGAUGCUGUUUUCUAACCUUCAGAGUGAGCAUGGGAGUUCUGAUUAUAAACAAAUAAGUUACCAGUGCCGCUGUUCAUUCCUUGAGAUCUACAAUGAACGUAUUGGGGAUUUACUUGAUCCUAUGCAGAGGGACUUGAAGAUAAAGGAUGAUGCCAAGAAUGGAUUUUAUGUUGAGAAUUUGACAGAGGAGUAUGUGAGUACACAUGAAGAUGUCACACAGAUUUUGAUCAAGGGUCUUUCUAGUAGGAAAGUUGGAUCAACUGGUGUAAACUCAAAGAGUUCAAGAUCUCAUGUUGUGUUCACAUGCAUCAUUGAGUCCUGGUGCAAGGAGAACUCAUCAAAGUGUUUUGGUAGUUCAAAGACAAGCAGAAUUACCCUUGUUGAUCUCGCUGGGUUCGAAAGGAAUUUACUUGAAGAUGCUGGUAAGCAGUACGUUACGGAAGGAAAAUUCUUGAAGAAGUCCACCUCACGACUGGGGCGUUUGGUUAAUAUCCUAACAGAAGAGAACAGUACAAGAGUAGCUGAAGCUGUUCCAUAUAGCUGUUCCGGCUUAACUCAUUUACUGAGAGAAUCAUUGGGAGGGAAUGCCAAACUCUCUGUGAUAUGUACAAUCUCCCAAGAGGACAAGCAUAUGAGUGACACAAUGAGCACACUCAGAUUUGGGAAGAAGGUGAAGCUCAUGAAGAAUGAACCAAUCAUCAAUGAAAUCACAGAAAAUGAUGUGAAUGGCCUGAGUGAUCAGAUCCGUCUGCUGAAGGAAGAACUGAUAAGAGCAAGGUCCAGUACGAACAAUGGAUAUUUCAAAGGACAAAGCACCACGCGUGAGAGUUUGAAUCAGUUGAGGGUGAGCCUUAACCGCCCACUGAUCUUACCCCGUUUUGAUAAUAAUGAUCCCAAGGAGGAGGAGAAAAUCAACAUAAAUGAGGAUGACAUUAAAGAACUUCAAAUCCAGAUUGAUAACAUUCGCAAUUCGCACGAUGAAGGUAGCGUGAUGAGUGAACCUUUUGUUAGCUGUUCAGAAGAAAGCGAAAGUGAAGAAGAAGUGUCUGAGAGGGAGACUGAUCUCCAGGAUCCUGUGUUCUCUGAAUCCCCAAAAUUUGGAAAUGUCCAGAGGAAAAGCAUAGUUGUUGCAUCAUCAAAAACUUCAGCAAAGAACAACGAGAUCGAUUUCCAAGAAGGUCUCAGAACUUCUGGAUUACCACAAGAACCUGAGAAGGGAAACAGGAAUGUCCAGACCUCUUCGUUGAGGUCGAGCAGAAUAUUUCCUGGACCAACCGAGUCCUUGGCUGCGAGUCUCCAAAGAGGUUUGCAGAUAAUUGACCAUCACCAGCAGAACUCUUCCGAAUCGAUGAGACCCUCCUUCUCCUUUGACCAUUUUGCUGUAAAACAAGAAUCAUCAUCAUCACAAGAAGAAGUUCAAGAUAGCUGCUUGAAGACAUGGAUAGUUCCAUUUAGCCAAAAUAACAACGGCGAUAAACAGGAAUUUGAGAAAGAUCUAAAAGAAGCACUGGAAAGAGAGAAGAAGCUUGAAAGUGUUUGUGAGGAACAAGCACAAAAGAUCCAGAAGCUCAUUCAACUGCUCUCACAGUGCAAAUGUGAGGUUCAGAAGAGUGAUCGUGUUGAGGCCAUGGAUGAUAAGAAUGUGACUCAGCCAAUAAAUUCCCAAGAAAAGUUUCUGGAAUGGAAUGGUAAGGGGGAAGAUGGUAAUGAACAAGAGAUUGUUAAAGAAAUCCAGGGAGAGGUUGAUCACAGUGAUGGAGGAGGCGGUGGGACCCAGUUCUUCGAUGCGGCGGAGAGGGAUGCCCUUGUCAAAGAAAUUGAAAUCCUGAGGACCAAAUUGCAAAAGGCACAGACCAGUGACGCCAUUAGCAUCAACAGAUCGAUUGAAAAACUGCGGCAAUCGAGAGGCAUCAAGAACAAUGGCGAGAGAGAAGAACUGGAGUCGGAGAGGCAGAGAUGGACGGAGAUGGAGAGCGAUUGGAUCUCUCUGACCGACGAACUGAGAAUCGACAUCGAGACAAUCCGGCAGCGAGCGGAGAAGACGGAGACGGAACUGAAACUGGAGAAGAAGUGCACGGCGGAGCUGGACGACGCGCUGCGGAGAUCCAUCGUAGGACACGCGAGGAUGGUGGAGCACUACGUCGAUCUCCAGGAGAAGCACAACGAGCUGGUGGAAAAGCACCGGCUGAUCAUGGCGGGGAUCCAGGACAUCAAAACGGCGGCGGCGAAAGCCGGAGGAGGCAGGAAGGGCAACCGGUUCGCCAAGUCACUCGCCGCCGAGCUGUCUGCUCUGAGAGUGGAGAGGGAGCUUCUGAGGAAGGAGAACAGGAGCCUCAAGGCUCAACUCCGAGACACCGCCGAAGCUGUUCAUGCCGCCGGCGAACUUCUUGUCCGACUGAGAGAGGCAGAGGAAACAGCUUCGGUUGCUGAGGAGAAGAUAACAAAGGCAGAGGAAGAAAAGGAGAGCUUGAAGAAGCAAAUGGAGAAACAGAAAAGAAGAUGGAGAUGGCCACCAUGAAAGGGUACCUUGCUCAGAGCAGAUUACCAGAAGCUGCUUUGCUGGGGAAGAAUGAAUCUGAAUCAAUAAUGAUGAUGCUGGGUCACAAUGAUUCUAAACCCCAUUCAAAUUAUGAUCAUGAUCUCUCUAGCUAAUUAGGGAGCGGGAAACUACUGGAAGACCAACCCUUCUCCCUGAGUUCCUCCUUCGUCUUCCUCGUUCUUCCGCAGUGGCAUCACCUACUUCGCCUUCCUCCGUCUAGUGCAUCGGUGGAAGAUCCAAAUUGGUGGAGACUUCAUCCUUCCUUUUCUUCGAUCUUCUAUCCCUUAACCACUGUGCAACAGCAAACUAAAGAGUUGGACUCGUGUUCCCCUAUGGUUGCUUUUGGCGUGGAAGAUUGGAGAUGGUUGCUUUUGGAUUUCUACUAUGUUAAGAACACAUUUUGGAUUUUGUUUUCACUGGUAGCUUGUAGAGGGUUGAGUCUUUUCUACUCACAAACAAUUAAUGUAUAUGGUUUAG